CCUCAACCUCUGCCGUGGAGCCGUCUUCCCUGGAUACUUCGCUACACGGGGUUACCGGUCCAUAAUCGCUUUCGUCGCAAAAGUUGCAUAUAGGAAGCUCCGGAUCCGUCAAAAGCUGCUGGUGGGCAAAAAAAGGCAAAAUAGCGAGGUGUGUACCCAGUUUUAAUUUUGCUGAUGCUCGCCAUCCUAUCUCUCCGUUGCACCGUGCUCUUCCGGGCGAGUCUGCUGGCAUGAUGAUUCCCGUAGCUGCAAACAGGUCGAGGCAUGUCGCAACGCGCAGUUGGGCUGCAGAGAGGCGACUUGGCCCUCUGCGUAUCCCUACCCGCCCAUCCAUCCCGCUUCCGCUCGUGUCUCCUCCCCCUGUCUUGUCCAAUCCGCUUGCAUCUUCUUGGAAUGAGUGAUUGUGUGCUGUUUGCUGUCGGUUAUAAUUAACUGAGGAUCUUCAUCGGCCCUUUAUAUAUGUAUUAAUACUAGCGUGUCAGGCCACCACCACCACCACCCACCAUGGAUCCUCCGCCGCAUGCAACCGAUGUUUGCCCACUCCACUCGCCUCGCCCCGACCGCAUGGAUAUCGACUCUCACAAAUCAGACCUCCCCCCCCGACGCACCUCAUCAGGAUCAAACUCCAACUCUCGAUCGAGCAGCUCUCGCCGUGAAUCGCUCGGCUCCAUCGAAGAAGAAAGCACAGGAAUCGCUCAAUCGUUCGUCGACAAGGAAAGCGCCCCAACUGGCGACCACUCCGGCUCCGCCAAAACGGCUCUCAACGUCCAAAGCCCGACACAGACCCCAGAUUUCUGCUGCCCAUGCGGUGGAUUUCUGGGGUGGAAGCAGAUCCGCCUUGGAGGCCGGAGGGCAAGUCGGAGCUACAGCGACCUCCGCAUCUUAGGUGGCGUCCAUCGCUCGAGGGGCUGGGCGUGGGAGGAGACUCCGGAAGAGCCCGCGCCGGCCGUCAAGGAAAAAGAACAGCCUCCCAAGGAAUGGCAGCGUGCCCCGAUUGAGAACCUUCCCGCUGAGAUCCUCGGUAUGCACUGUCUAUCCACGCAGCAGGGACUCUUUUUUUUGAUGCUGAUGAAAACGCCAGACCAGAUAAUCUCCAAUUUGGCUUUGGAUAUCCCACCCAAUGGAUACACGCCGCGGAAUGUCGACUUGAUAUCAUGUCUUUUGACUUCCCGUACGCUGCACUCUGCUACCCUCGGUGUCUUAUAUAGACACAUCACCAUUCCCCAUUCAAUUAUCUUCUCCAAAGCAUUAAACCACAUUAAACAGUACCCAUCCCUUGGCACCAUUGUUCGACGGCUCGACUUCUCCCAUUUCUCUUCCGUUGGACUGGGUCGAACCCAGCAGAUGAAUGUCGAGAUCCAAAACCUUACCUGGAGGACGUUGCUGGAAUGCUUGAACCUGCUUCCCAAUUUGAAAGAAUUGCUUCUGCAAGAACAUGUUGAAGAUGACGUGAACGGCGAUGUCACACGCAAAAUCCUUUCCGACAUUCCCACCCUGCGAGCAGUUGACUUCUGUGGCUGCUCGUCACCCACCUUCUCCUCCGGUUUCGUCGGUGCAGUGACGCAAGAUCCAAAUUUCCCUGCCCAACUCCGUACGCUUCGGAGAGUGUCCCUUCAUGAAUGCACCAGCCUUCCAGACGAAGCUUUCCAGGCCCUCUUGCCGCGAUUGAUCAAUUUAACCCAUCUUGACGUUGCGCACACGCAAAUAACCAACAAGACGCUGUUUAUGAUUCCCCAGAGCGCCCAAAUCACGCAUCUGAACCUGUCACGAUGCACGCGGCUGACGGGACCUGAGGUUGUUGAAUUCUUGACCACCCAUCCUGCCGUCACUGACACGCUUGUGUAUCUGAACCUGAUGUCAGAUGCUUCGAGACACAGAAUUCUCGAAGAAGAGGACGUCGAGACCCUUCUGCCACAUCUCACUCCCACGCUACGGUCCCUCAACCUUGGUGGCGCCAGAAUCACCUCUGCGCAGAUGCCAAUGCUUCUCAAACUUUCCAAGCAUGUAGAGGAACUAGGUCUCAAUUCGGCUAACAUCACCAUCGACGAUAUCAAUUCGUUCUUCAGGCCUUUCCCUCUCUCUAACGAGCACCAGAUGGAUGUCGAAUGGGUUUGCCCAGCCCUGCGCUAUCUCGACCUUACCAAGAAUCCACACCUGACGCAAGCGACGCUUCUCAAUCCUAAAUCAUGCCUCCUUGUGACUCCGCAAAGCUAUCCGCUGCACGUCAUCGAAUUGACCGAGCGGAUCAUCACUCCUCUGCGUCAGCGUAGUCCACGCAAUGGCUGGGUGGUGAGAGACCUGGGAAGACGAGGGUGGUACGUUCGCGAGCCGCCGACAAACCCGAACGAAAUGAAGAUGAUGCCACGAGACGACGGUCGACGGUCGUGGAAGAUGGGGGCGCGCUGGUGGGGGAUGAGGAAGAUCCCGGUCUGUGUCGGUGAUGUUGGUGGGAUAUACGGCCAUUACAUGUUCAAGAAGUGAUCUUUUCCACCGUCAAACUGGAUCUUUCUUCUUUUCUCCUUUUUUUGUUGAAGGGGUGUGUUAAAUGCUCUAGGCUCCUCUGAUUCCAUCUGGAAUUUUUAUUCCCAGCUAGUGUCCGUCGGCCACUUUUUCCCCUAGUUAUUAUCUAUCGAUCUGGCAGUUCGGGCAGGUCUGGGAGUAUUAUUGCAACAGUCCACUCCGGUAUGGUUGGGUUCUUUUUCUCCUUCUCCCAAUAUAACUAUGUAUGUAUUUAAUUUUCCUUUUUCUUUUCCUUUCCCUUUUUUUUUUUUUUUUUCCCCCUGUCGCACGUUCUAGCCAGCACUGUUACUGUUAAAAUGUUUCAAAUGGCGGAAAAGUCGCGAGUUUUUAUUUAUCUUUACUUUGAUUGAUACCAGGUUUUAUGCAAGUAUGGAUUGACCGCAGGCAACAAGCAUCAUAUUCCCUGUCUUUAUUUCAACGGGUUUUCUUUUUUUCUUCUUUUAUUUUUUAUUUUUUAUUUUCUUUUUUUUUUCUUGUGUUUGUAUGUUUUAUAAGUAUCCAUUGAAUUUCUGAUUGGCUGGUCCAGGGACUAGGGUUGAUGUACGGAGUACAAUAAUUCAUAUCCAGAUAUUAUUCUUG